AGAUACUUUAUCAGUUUUUGUUAGUGUAAAAAAUCAAACAACAACGAAUCCAAGAAUGGAAUCCAGACCAGUGUGUGAACCCUGCACAGCACAAGAAAAAUCGUCAGUGGCCAUAAAGUUGUGCUCUGAUUGUGAAGAAAAACUCUGUAAAAAUUGUGUAGAAGACCACUCCAAAUUUAAAGCAUUUCGGUCUCACCAUUUGAUUGACUUAUCUUCGGUCGGGUCAAAAUUACCGUCAUUCGCAAAACACUGUGAUUUACACAAGGACAGUCUGCUCGACUUCUAUUGCUCUCAACAUAGCGUUGCAUGUUGUAGAUCCUGCAUUCCAUUAAACCACCAGACAUGCAAAGAUGUUCUACCAAUAGAAGUUGCAUCCAGGAAUAUCAAAGAUUCAGCAAUCCUUCAAGAUACUUUGGGAGACGUGGAUAAUGUCUUAAAAUCCUUGAUAUAUCUGAUGGAAAAUAGAGACAACAACAUAAAGAAGUUUGUGGAUUCUGAACCUGUUAUAUUAACGCAGGUGAAAAAGGUUAAGGAUCAAAUUAUGCAGGUUGACAAGCUAGAAGGAAACAUUAUCAAAGAUUUGUCUUGCAUGAAGCAAAGACACGAGACAAGACUAAACGAAGAAAAAAACGAAAUAACAAUGUUAAUAACGGAAGUUCUUGAAGGUAAAAACCAGAUAGAAUUCCUGCAAGAACAUGGUUCAAAUAAUCAGCUUUUCUUAGCUGUUCAACAACAAGAGAACAAAGUGCAAGCAGUAGAAAGUCGUAUUGAAAAGAUGACUGCCACUUUUAUUGACACCGAGCUUACCUUUAAUGUUGUAAAGUACCAUGAGAUUGGAUCUAUUGGUUCAGUUACUGAAACAAUUAUAUCAUGUAAAGUUCAACAUAAACCAUUAAAGCUAAAACAAGCCCAAGCAAACCCAGAAAGUACCAAGCCAAUUACCAGCAUAAAAAGGGAACGUGAAUUACACCUUAAAACUGGAGAGAGUUACAACUUGACAGGUAUAACCGUAACUAAUGCCAAUAAAUUGCUUCUUUGCAAUUAUUUCGAUAGUAAUAAAUACUGUUAUAUAUACAAUAACUGUGAUGGAUAUGAGACAAGUAUUGAAUUUUCAUCAAUUCCAUAUGAUGUAGAAGUUUUACCAAAAGACGACAUGGCAGUGGUCACCCUUCCGAACGAAAAAAGCUUACAAUACAUCAAUACUAAAACCACUACAAAAUGUAACAAAAUUGCAACAGCUGAAGAAUGUUACGGUGUUUGUACAAGUAGGAAUAACAUAUUUUUAGGCGGAAUUGGAAAUGUUUAUAUACUAGAUUUGGAGGGAUCCUUUGUCAGAAAAAUCAUUACACAGUAUUCAGAGAAAAUAUAUUCGAUAUGCUUCAGUGAAAGCAGUCAGCAAGUGAUCUGUCGUAACAAAAUAAGAUUACUUGGCUUAAAAUUAGAAGGAGACGUCGUAUAUAGUCAUAGUGUUAAUGGAGAAUCAGGAUUGGCAUUAGACGUAGGGGGAAAUGUUUAUUAUAGCGACGAGACAUUAAAUAGAAUUUUACGUCUAUCGAGUGAUGGAAAUUAUAAAUUUGGAAUCCCUAUCAACGACAAAGGUAACAGACCUAAUGCAAUAGCUUUCAACAAAAGCUUUACUAAACUUUUCAUAAUAAGUAGGUUCGAGUCAGUUCAGAUAUAUAGUUGCUGUUAAUCAAUGAUUACAAUCUAGAAACGUUCAUUAACUGUUGCUUAAACCACGCAGUAACAAUAUUGAUUCGUUAUAAUCUUGAAAUUAAUGUUUUGAAAACAAAAUUUUCUAUUAUUUUGUCUGUUCAAAACACGAAGUGAAACCAACUUUUGAUAAUUUGUUGUAGAUAUUGAGAUUUAUGGCGUCCAAUGUGAGAAUGUUUUAUUUUUGUAAACAUUCAUAAUAGAAAUAUGUAAAGCAUUCUAAAAGAAAAUUUUCAUUACCGCGAUAAAUUAUUUUUGUAUAAAUUUAUAAGAUAAGUUUUUAUUUAUCAUUUGACCGAUAAAACGUUCAUGGUUAUUCGUAUAUUUCAUGCUCAAGUGCGUCCAUUAGUAAACUGAAGUUCUUCUCUCGGUUGAUUGAUUGGGAAAUUUAAUAUUUUGGGCCUUCACUAACAACUCUCUUAGUAGUGCAAUGUUUACGUUGUCAAAGCCCCAGGAACUGUAUCGGGAAGUUUUUGGUCCCCUACCGACGAAGUUGAAGGGGACUUUAGGUUUGCACUCCGUCCGUCUGUCUGUCUGUCCAUCCGUCAGUCCGGCAAAUCAGUUUUCCACACUUUUCGUGCUUGAAGAAAUUGAUUUGAUAUUUGGUGUAUUGUUUUAUCAUGUCAAGUUACAGAUCAGGUUCGAAUUUUGUUCUGGUCUGAUGAUUUUGUGCAGAGUUAUGGUCCUUGGACUUAGAAAAUUCACUCAAAUAAUCAGUUUUCCUAAACAAAAUUUCGUCAUGCUUGAAGAUAUUGAAUGGAUAAUUGGUAUAUAGUUGUACCAAGACAAGUAACAGAUCAAGUUCGAAUUUUGUUCCGGUCUGAUGAUUUUGUGCUGAGUUAUGGUCUUUGGACUUAGAAAAUUCCC